UCCACCUUAUUUUAAUUUUCUUUUCUUCUUCUCUAGUCUCUAGAUCCCAAAAAAAAUCACCACCAUCAUCAUCAUCAUCAUAAUCAUAACGCUCCUCUCUAUAGUUUAGUUUACACACUUUGAAGCACUGCUACUUACAAUUUAAUUAAAAUUCAGUGAUGCUGCUGUUGUGAUUUUGGAGGGGAGAGAGAGAGAGAAGAAGAGGCUGCUUUGCUUUCUGCAUCUAAGCCAAUCACUGAAGGAGUAAUUUGCAUCAAGGAGGAAAAUUUUAGUUUUUGGUUUCUUUUCCCCUUCAUCAUUGAAGAUGAAAAUUUGGAGUUGACUUUGGACAUUUAAGUCUUUUGCAAAGGAAUCUCAGAGGAACACAAGAAGGAUUUGAGUAGAUGUUAGGUUUAAUUUAACGAGUGUCACUCUUAAGAUUCGAUGGAAUUAAUAUCAUAGCACGCAGUGUCUGAAUAUGAUUUCUAUAAAGUUUGAUCCAAUGGGUUAAAUGGUUGGUUCAUAAAGCGGAAAGAUCUUUCAUUGAUUAUCUAUCUGCUUUGUACAUCUAAGAAACCAUUCAAGUGCAGAGUUGAAUAAGGCGCUAGAGAGGAUUGGUGAAAAUUAAGCAUAAUUAUGGGGUCCUUUAAAGGUCAUGCAUUGCCAGGGACAUUGUUCUUUCUAGUUGGGUUGUGGCAUAUAUGGGGUUCUGUGGUGAGAUAUGUUAAAAAUCCGAAGACAUUUCGAGUCCAGGUGUGGAAUCCUGUGCCGGGGUUCGACGGGAGGCUGAAGUACUUGGAGCUCUAUGUUAUCUCAAUUGGUUCUUUCAUUGAUUUGUGCAUUGAGUUCUUGUAUUCAACACACCUCAAGUUCUUUGUUAAUGGAGUCCUCAAUCCCUCUCACAUGAAUAACUUCGAGCAUUCUGGAAUGCUUCUUAUGUUUUUUAUCUUCAGUGUUGUUGUCCUGCUUACAGAAAAGACAAGAUUUUUACCCCUGCCGGAAGGAGCUCUCUGUUUGAUUGCUGCCACAGCAUUCUCCGCCGAGUAUCUCCUCUUCUACUUCCACUCAACAACACACAAGGGCCUUGAAGGUUACUACCACCUCCUCCUAGUCCUCCUCAUAGGCCUAUGCAUCCUAUCUUCGAUUGCCGGAGCCCUUAUGCCGACUAGCUUCCCCGUUGACUUAACCAACGGCAUCUCCAUAGCUCUCCAAGGCAUAUGGUUCUAUCAGACCGCCAUUGUUCUCUACGGCCCCAUGAUGCCAGAUGGUUGUAAGCUUAAGAACGAUGCAAUAACAUGUCAUUCAAAUGAUAGCGAGCUACGGGGCGAAUUGCUUGCUAAUUUUCAGCUCUUUGUUGCUGUACUUGUGGUCCUUAUCGGAACUUUAGUAUCAUAUGGCUAUGCAGCUUCAAGAUAUGGAAAUUCUCAAGUCAAAGGCAUGAACAUAGCACAAGCUGAAGUAGUAAAUCAAGAUUGAAGUAUAAUUACUGUAGGGUAUGCUAGUUUUGGUUCCAUUUUUUAAUUAGUGACAGUGGAACAUGUUGUUAGCCUAGUUUAUUGUACAACAUGUAUAUUAAAUUGAAUAAAAGGUGCACAAUUCUUUUGGUGA